GUUGAAUGUAAUUCCAUUUAUUUUGUUAAACCUAUAUUUAUAAUUUUAAAAUGGUAGUUACAUCUGUAGAUUUAUUGGAAUCGAAAAAAAAUCACGAAUAUGACGAUCCUAUAUUAGAUUCCAUAUUUAUACCAGAGUAUGUAAAAAAGUUCAAACCUACUCCAGAUGUGAUUCAAUCGACGUCAAAGGGCGGUACAAAAGUUAGAUUUAUAUUUAGUAACGUUGAUUUUUCGGAUUUUGAAAACGAGCAUAUUCGAAACUUUAAAAUUUUCGCAACUCAGCGUCUAGAUGGCCCCCAACUAGAAUCAAACUCUGCAGUAGAAUCCUACCAACGACGCUUUAAAAAUACCGUUUUCGGAAACGAUGGUUAUAUUCUGCGUUAUUUAAUAAGCAAUGGAUAUAAUUAUUCUAACGUUCUAAACGAUAUGUACAAUCACCUUAAAUGGCGCAAAUCUACACUCCCAAUUAAAAGAGUUGAUAUAGAAUCUGACCUGGCAAAGGGAUUCGUGUAUAUUCAUGGCCGCGACAAGUGUAUGAGGCCCAUUAUAAUUAUAAGGUGUAGUAACAUGCAAACUUCCCAGCAUGAGCAUAUCCUCAAAACUAUAUAUUUUGUGUUGGAGCUCUGUAUAGAAAAACUCUUGAUACCCGGACAAAUUGAGCAGUGGAAAGUAAUAAUUGACUUGGACGGAACCAACCUCUUCAACAUACCAGCUAGUCUUCUAAAACAAAUUGCCAAGUCAUUGUCGGUAAACUACAGAGCUAGGUUGAGCAAGUUGUAUGUUAUCAACGCUCCGUACCUAAUAUCGGUGUUGUGGAAUAUAGUCAAAAAUGUCAUCCCCCAAAUAACCCAGGAAAAAAUUGUUAUAUCAUCAGGUAAAAAUACCAAAAAAUUACUCGAAGUCGCGUUGCCGUCACAAAUCGAGCAGAGAUACGGUGGAAAAGCGCCAAAUGUUAAAAUGUUCGACAUACCAAUCAUGCCCGAACUUUAAUUAACAGACAAUUUAAGCCAAAAUACAAUCUGUAAUCUAUCGGUUUAAUAUUUUUCUCUAGUU